UUUACGCACACAACCACCCAGCAUCUCCAGCAGGAAGACCAGUCAAAGGGACUUUUUCCACGUGAUGUAUCGCUUCUUCUGAAUCUGACAGCAGUGGGAAGUAUAUUUUUAAAGGUUGCAGCUUAAAAGAGAGCGCAGGCUGAUGGGGAAUAUGCUCGCAUAGACUUGCAUCACAAGUGGAGUUUUUUCAUUGAAAGAGCGUAAGAAAAAGGAAAAGUCAUGCCACGACCAGGCAAGAACUCCUACAGUGACCAGAAGCCUCCAUAUUCCUACAUUUCCCUCACAGCCAUGGCCAUCCAGAAUUCCCAAGACAAGAUGCUCCCUCUGAGUGACAUCUACAAGUUCAUCAUGGACCGUUUCCCUUACUACAGAGACAACACGCAGCGGUGGCAGAACUCCCUCCGCCACAACCUCUCCUUCAACGACUGCUUCAUCAAGAUCCCCCGGCGGCCCGACCAGCCGGGGAAGGGCAGCUUCUGGGCUCUGCACCCGGACUGCGGGGACAUGUUUGAGAACGGGAGCUUCCUGAGGAGACGGAAGCGCUUCAAGGUGCUCCGUGCCGAGCACAUGGCUUGCAAAAGUUCCCCCAUGAUGCACUACUUCCACCAUCACCACCACCACCUCCAUGCGGGGGGCAAGCUGGGUGCCGCAGCACCUGGGCAUCAGGAGCCCGCGGUCGGCCAGGUGAGCGCCGUGGGCCGCCUGCCUCCCCAUUUCCAAAGCUACGGAGGCAUCACUUGCUCCCAGCCGGGUGGCUUUAAGCACCCGUUUGCCAUCGAGAACAUCAUCAGCCGGGACUACAAGGGCGUGAUGGCGAGUGGGCUCCCCCUCACCUCGGUCAUGCACCACCUGGGUUACCCGGUGCCACCGCAGCUGAUGACUUCCAUGUGGCCCCACGUUGGGAUGCUGUCAGAGUCCGUAGGGGGUGUGCCUCUGCCCCCGUCUCCAGAGUAUUCACCCUUCGGAGGCCCAGCCAAGAAUCUGUACCACCACAGUGCCACGGGGCCCAUGCUACCUGCGGUGCCGUUGCCCAUAAAGCCCACCCCGUCUGUGGGUCCAGUGCACGGUUUGAGUGGGAUGCAGCCCGGCCCGGCGCAGCUGUGCACCCCGGCCUCCUCCUCCUCUCAUCCGGUGAUGGAGAAAGGCGAUGCGAUGGAGGGGAAAGGCAGCCUCCUCCACCCUGCGGCCCUCCUGCUGUCUUAA